AUCUCCCCCCAUUCUGUGCUCUGUCCAUAUUAUAAAACGCCUGAAAACAUAUGCAAAUUUGCAAGUUAUAGAACUCAGUAGAAAUUCUGAGAAAUGACAUCCACUUCAGGCACCGGUAACCUGAACUGGGGAUGUCUCCAAUUGGUCUUUCUAUUACUUUUCUCUGCAAAUGCUGCUUUCUGUGCCACCAUUGUCAAGUAUCUACCAGGAUUUGAUGGUGAACUUCCCUUCACACUCGAAACCGGGUAUGUAACUGUGGGGUCAUCAGAAAUGUUCUACUAUUUCAUAGAAUCAGAAGGGAACCCCAAAGAGGAUCCUCUUUUGCUUUGGUACAGUGGGGGCCCUGGUUGCUCUGCAUUCAAUGGUUUAAUUUAUGAAAUAGGUCCACUAGAGUUUAAUAUUUCAGACUAUGAAGGAGGCUUGCCAUCAUUGUCCUAUUACCCAUAUUCAUGGACAAAGACAGCAAGCAUAUUAUUUGUUGAUGCUCCAGUUGGCACUGGUUUUUCCUAUGCAACAACUGAAGAUGGUUGGGCUAUGUCUGACACAGUAACAGGAGAACAAGUCUAUGAGUUCCUCAAAAAUUGGUUCAUGGAUCAUCCACAAUAUCUCAAACUCCAAUUAUUUGUUGGGGCUGAUUCUUAUUCAGGCAUAUCAGCUACAUUGGCAGUACAACAUAUUUUAGAUGGAAAUGGCUAUGGACAAGAACCACAUUUGAACCUGAAGGGUUACAUUCUUGGAUGCCCAAGAAUAGAUGGGCAAAUUCAAGAAAAUUCAAAGAUAAUAUUUGCUCACAGGAUGGCACUUAUAUCUGAUGAACUUUACAAGGCAGCCAAAAAUGCUUGUGAUUCAGAUUACUAUGGAGUAACCUCAUCAGAUGCAGCAUGCUAUGAGUAUCUCAAAUUGAUCAAGAAGUGCUAUAAGGAUAUAAACAAGAAUGAUAUUUUGGAGCCUAAAUGCACUUAUGCAUCUCCUGAUCCGGUUCAAGAAUCGGCUCGAAGAUCACUCAGGGGAAGUUCUGUAGAUUUGAUUAUGUCUCCUGUUAGAAGUUCAGAAAAAUGGUGUCAUAAUUUCAAUUAUUCUUUAUCCUAUGUGUGGGCAAAUGAUGAAAGUGUGCAAUCUGCUCUUAAUGUCCGACGGAAAACAGUACGAGAUUGGAAGAGAUGUAACAAAUCCUUGGAUUAUGACUAUGAUGUCACCAGUGUUAUUUCUUACCAUCGGAAUUUUACUACAAAGGGAUUACAAGCUCUUGUAUACAAUGGAGAUCAUGACUUCACAAUACCAAAUGUGGGGACCCAGCAAUGGAUUAAGGAACUAAACCUGACUAUUGUUAAUGAUUGGAGACCCUGGCUUGUUGAUGGUCAGGUUGCAGGGUACACAAUUAAAUACUCCGAAAAUGGAUAUCGCUUGACGUAUGCAACUGUGAAGGGAGCAGGUCACUCUCCUCAAGAGUACAAGCGCAGGGAAUGUUAUGACAUGUUUGAUAGAUUUAUUCAUUAUUACCCUAUCUAGACCAGGAAAUUAUAAUAUUUUUAAUUUCAAUUCGAUUGAUGGUAUUGGUACCAACUUCAUCUAUUAAAUUUUGUAAUCUUGUCAUACUGGCUUAUGUAAUUGAGAUGCUGUUAAAAAGCUGUUUGAGAAAAUUAAAUAAUUUUAUAAUCUUAAUAAGGAAAUAAUAUUAUUAAGGGGCUGUUCGUCAAUUUCAA